AUGACGUGGCCUGAGAAGGGAAAGAACCGCGUGUCGCUGGUUGCCAAGGACCUUCAGAAACUCGAUGACAAUGAGAUGCUCAACGACAACAUUAUCAAUUUCGGGCUGCGGGGACAAGGCAUCAAUUACGCCGGGGUCGAGCGAUGGACAAAAAAUGUGGAUCUCUUCACCAAGCCCUUCAUCGUCGUACCCAUCAACCUCAAUUUGCACUGGUUCGUUGCGAUUAUCUGCAAUUUGCCUAAUCUUCAGAGAAAGUUUGCAGACUCAGAUCCAGUCGACCCAGUCGCGCCAUCUUCUCAGCCAGCGACUCAGGAAGAGGAUGAAUGGAAAGGAAUCCAGCCUCCCGAUCAGGAGAUGACCGAACUUGCGCUCUCCGAUGCUGACGUAGAUUCAAAAUCAUUAUCGAACGAUGAGAAGGGUGUAGACAGCGGAAUUUUCGAGUUUGGCGAUGAUGGAAAGGUCGUCGGCGCCGAUGACGAGAAUGAGCAGCAAGGCACUGGUGCAAAUCACGGUCGUGGUCGAAAAAAGAAGAAAGCACCUCCAGGUCCACGCAAAGUCGACCCAACCACGCCUAUCAUUCUCACCUUCGACUCUUUCGGCGUCAGUCGCUCCAAAGAGAUCAAGGUUUUGAAAGAGUACCUUGUCCUGGAGGCUAGAACGAAACGCAACAUGGAGCUCAACCUUGCCCAGAUUCCACAAAUGGCGGCCAAGGGAAUACCUGGUCAGAAGAAUUUCUCAGACUGCGGAAUCUACCUGCUUGGUUAUAUCGAGAAGUUUGCGCAGAAUCCAGACGAAUUUGUACGGAGGCUUCUGCAGUUCGAGAUGCGGGAAGAAGAUUUUGAUUUUGACCCUUCUCAAAAGCGCGUUGACAUUCGAAACACGCUUCUGGAACUGAGCCACCAGAAUGAAGCAAAUGUCUACAAGGCCAAGAAGGCGAAACAAGAUGCGAAGAAAAGAGCGAGUGGAGCCAGUGCACAGAAGACAUGUGGCACAGAAGGGCCAUCGCCAGCUCGGCAGAAGACUCCCACUCCAGCGCAAACGCCGGGCAACGAGGCAGCACGAUCACGGCAGCAAACGCCGGCGCCAGCGGUCGAAAAGGCAAGAGUAAAAGCAUCGAGGCGUGAUGCGAAAGAAGCUGCCACCAAUGCCUAUCCGACCAGCCAGACCUUCAGCGCUGAGGAUGAAGAGUUGCCCAUAUCGCCACCUCGAGUGGCCGGCGGUCGCCCUGAAAAGCCGUCCAAUGCGACUGACACAAACACAUUUGCUGAAGAUCAAGCCUACGGCGACGAUUCUGAGGAGAUGCUGGACAAUGGAGACACCAUUCAUGUAUCAGACAAGCGACAAAGUAGCCUUGCUCAUCAGCCAACGUCGCAAGCAGACCGGGAAUCUGCAAGUCCUGUUGGCGUCGUGCAGGCUUCCGCUGAGGCUUCCGUUGUGAUUGACGAAUCUCUCCAGGAUGGCGAACCUGAAGACAACGCUCUCUCGCCCGAGGACAUGUCCAGUGCUCGGCAAGAGCAGGCCGACGACGGACCGGAUGUGAUUGAUAUUGGAGACGAGGACGACGACAGACCUGUCUAUUCUCCAGAGAUCCCAGACUCGCAGCCAACGCAGGGAACACAAGCGACUCAAGGCGUUCCACUUCCUGUGAGGACUUCAAAGGGGAAGGAAUACUACGCACUUGAUUGA